GGGAGGGGCGUGAGGCCGGAAGGUUCCAGAGGGGCCGUGGGAGCUGCCGCUGGUGCCGCGGGGGGGCCGCCGCACGCGACAUGGCUGCAGCGCGCGAGGAGUUACUGAAGGAUUUGGAAGAAGUAAAAGAAUUGCUUACAAAGGCCACGAGGAAGCGAGUUCGUGAUGUCCUGGUGACAGAGAAGCACAAGCUAGAGCUAGAAAUCAAGAAUCAGCCGCCACCGAAGCCAAAAGAUGCAGUGGAGGAAGACAAGGUGUCACUGGGAGGGUACACGGUGAAAAUAAACAAUUAUGGUUGGGAUCAGUCAGAUAAGUUUAUUAAGAUUUACAUCUCUUUAAAUGGAGUCCAGAAGCUUCCAGCUGAGAAUGUGCAGGUGAAUUUCACAGAGAGGUCGUUUGAUCUGCUAGUGAAGAAUCUGAAUGGGAAGAACUACACCAUGACCUUCAACAACCUCCUGAAACCCAUCUCUGUGGAAGGCAGCUCUAGAAAGAUAAAGACAGACAUGGUCCUUGUGAUGUGUAGGAAGAAGCGGGACGAAAAAUGGGAAUGUCUCACUCAAGUGGAAAAAGAAAGCAAAGAGAAAGAGAAGGCUGCCUAUGACACCUCAGACCCUAGUGAAGGGCUUAUGAACCUUUUAAAAAAGAUGUAUGCAGAAGGGGAUGAUGAGAUGAAGCGCACCAUCAACAAGGCCUGGGUUGAAAGCAGAGAAAAACAAUCCAAAGGGGACAUGCCAAUGGAUAUUUGAGAGUACUCUAAGGGCCGCCUUAAUCACUGAUCUUCCAUGUGAGACACGCUGUGCUGCAAAGAUCAUUGUUUAUACAACCUUCUUCCAAGCAAAGACAGUCAUUUUCCAUUUCAGGUUGGAGAAAAUACUUAAAUAAAAUAGCUUAUAAAGCA